CAGCAGCAGCAACAGCAGCAACAGCAGCAGCAGCAAAGACCGUGGGGAAGACCAGAGGCCAAAGCCAUGGAAGACCAGAGUGAUUUAAUCUCUAACCACGAGCAACUGCCCAUAUUGGGUCAGCGCCCUGGAACCCAGGAGAGGAAGUGCAGCCGUGGAGCCCUCUACACAGGCUUCUCAGUCCUGGUGGCUCUGCUCCUGGCUGGCCAGGCCACCACUGCCUACUUUCUGUAUCAGCAGCAGGGCCGGCUGAACAAGCUGACAGUCACCUCCCAGAACCUGCAGCUGGAGAACCUGCGCAUGAAGCUUCCCAAGCCCCCCAAGCCGGUGAACCAGAUUCGGAUGGCUACCCCCAUGCUGAUGCAGGCACUGCCCAUGGAGAGUCUGCUUCACGGGGUAAGGACAGCUGAGGGAAGAGGGAGGGGAGUGCUAUCCAGCCUGGAUCCAGGGAGGACAGGUGCCAAGGGGAGAAAUCUUCUCUGCUGGGGAGGAGUAGGGCACACCUCAGGGUUCUGCUCUGCUCCUCUGCAGAGGUCUAACCCCCUGCAGGUAUACCCACAGCUGAAAGGGAACUUCCCAGAGAACCUGAAACACCUGAAAAACACCAUGGACAACCUGAACUGGAAGGUCUUUGAGAACUGGAUGCACCAAUGGCUCCUGUUUGAAAUGAGCAAGAACUCCCUGGAAGAGAAGCCUACUGAGGCUCCGCCCAAAGUACUGACCAAGUGCCAGGAAGAGGUCAGCCACAUCCCUGCCGUCCACCCCGGCACAUUCCGUCCCAAAUGUGAUGAGAAUGGCAACUAUAUGCCACUCCAGUGCCAUGGGAGCACUGGCUACUGCUGGUGCGUCUUCCCCAAUGGCACCGAGAUCCCCCACACCAGGAGCCGUGGGCACCAUAACUGCAGUGAGCCACUGGACAUGGAGGACCAGUCUUCUGGGCUGGGUGUGACAAAGCAGGAUUUGGGCCAAGUCAUCAUGUGAAGACAGCAGGAAUCAUCUCCAGCACCCAGCCAGCUUUGUGACCACAGCUUUCCUGCUCCCCUCUGCCUCAGCCCCUCCCCUGUGCCUCCAGUGUCCCCCAAGUUCCCAUCCCUGCAGCCCCUCCUGGGCUGUCAGCCUGUCCACUCCCACAUGUUGGCAUGGACGCAAAGCCAGAGGUGGACUCCUGAUCACAUCACUGCAGUCCCUAACAUCAAUUAUCUAGGUUCAUGGGCAGGGAGGAGGGACACUCCCCCAAACCCUAGGCUGCACGUUUGCUGACCUUUCCCCUCAGGCCUUUUCCACCUCACUCCCCAAGGAGGGGCCGUCUCUCUGCUCAACACCUGCAACCCCAGCCAAUGCCAGGUCCCCUGCUCAGCUAGCUUGUAAGCAGCCAUCAGGGCUGGGCCAUAGUGCACAUUGAGAAUAAAAUGUAGUAAGUAGAA